GAAGACAGCGUCAACGUCAGCGAUAGUUUACGUCAAAUAUUGUUGAGUAGCAGCGGUCGCAGCCACAUCAGCAACUGAGUAGCGUUUUGGUAAAUCCAUCAAAAUAUUUUGUACGGUGCAACGAUAAGCAAUUAAUAAGUGGUUUCAUCAUGGCGAUAAAACCUGGCAUGGGACGUAAGACCAGCAGCAAAAAUCCACCAAUUUUAAGUCAUGAAUUCGUUAUACAAAAUCACGCGGAUAUUAUUUCCUGCGUGGCAAUGGUAUUCGUUGUAGCAUUGAUGGACGAAACUACAUCACCUUUUGCCAGCGCGUUUAUUUCACUGCAUCACAAUGUGACUGGUGAGGAGCCUAGUCGGGAAAAUCCUCAGGGUAAGCCAUUUAGCUACGUGGCGGGCAUUAAGGAUUACUGUGCUAUCUUCUUUUAUACAUUAACAUGCAUCAUUAUGCAUGCCAUCAUUCAGGAGUAUGUAUUAGACAAAAUAUCGAAGCGGCUACAUCUUUCCAAAUUCAAAUUGACGCGCUUCAAUGAAUCUGGCCAACUAAUUGUCUUCUAUGUGUUCUCGUUUCUGAUGGGUGCAAAUAUUAUAUCGCGUGAGGGAUAUAUGAACAGGUUUGCGCUGCUAUGGAACCAAUAUCCCGAUCAUCCAAUGACGUUUCUGCAUAAACUGUUCUUUAUUAUUCAAAUGGCUUACUAUCUGCACAUGCUGCCCGAACUUUAUUUCCAGAAGGUUAAAAAAGAGGAUCAGCAAGCAAUAAUAAUUCAUUCCAUAUCGGGUUUCUCGGCCAUCUGCUUGGCGUACACAUUUAGCUUCCACCGCAUUGCUUUGGUUUUGUUGACAUUGCAUUAUCUUGGCGAAAUUGUGUCGCAUAUAAUCCAACUAAUUGGUGUUUUCGAUCGGGAGGAGAAAUUCGUUAGCGUCCGCUUCUUUAACAAUUCGUCGUUUGUUUUCGUACGCUUUACCACAAUGGUUAUUGCCGUGCUAGUAUUGUAUUACGGUAUUCCCAUGGAGUAUACGAAGCGCGCAAAUGUAGCACUUAUUGGCUUAAUGGUGUUGCAGGGUUAUUUAAUAUAUUCCUUUACCACUGAAGAGCUACGUGCUACACGCGAAGCACAACGUGAGGCUAAACUAAUACAGCAACAGCAACAUUCGAAGAAACCAAAAGCAGUAAAGGAGAAGGCGAAAAAGAAGAAAGAAAGUGAUUUGCCUGAGGCUGAUCAGAGCCCUAGUCCUGUUAAGUCAAAGGUAAAAUAAACAUUCCAUAGCGAAUGCCAAAUCAACGACGUCCACCAAUAACAUAAACAAUAAAAAUUUAAAUUAGAAACUUUUCGAAACUUACAUGCUCAUUAAAAUAUGCGCAUAAAAUGUCGAAAUUUUCUUACUGAAGAGCCCCUAGUAAUGUUGGCGAGUAUGCUUCCUGCACAGUUAAACACACACACUCACACAUACAUGUCCAAUGGGUAAAAACAUAUGUAAGAUGUUGCAUUUUAAAAUAUGUAAAAUCAAAUUAGUAAUGGAUUGGCAGUGGAAAAAGGAAAGCAAAGAUUGCAUUUACUUACUAAAUACAAAAGUUUCGUUCCAACUCUAAGCAAGAAAUCAAAAACUUGAAGCCACGCUGCCACCACCGAUGCUGCUGUUGCUACCGCUAAAUUUAAGGCAUAUUUUUUUUUAUAUAAAAUUAGUUAUUUUUGUUUUAUUUUUUAUACCUACUGUUUAAAUGCAUUUUACAAAAUAAUUUCUACCGUAAAUUAAAUUACAAAAAAUAAUAAUAAUAAAAAUAUUAAACGAUACUAGUACAA